GUGACAUCGUAGUAUUUUCUUUCUUCACCUCCUCCAGAAAUUAACAGAGAUGCAGAGAUAAAAAAAGACAGAGAUAAAAAAAAGAAAAAAAGGUAGCAAGUCUUGAUAUCAAACUACGGAAACAAGAAAAUACUAAAACAGACAAGAGAAAUAAGUAGUAUCGUGGUAUUUCUUUCUUCACUCCCCAGAAAUGAUCUUGAUACAGAGACAAAAAAAAAGAGAAAGAAAAUAAGUAGCGAGUCGUGAUACUCAAACCAGGGAAGCAAGAAAAUAAUAACAAGUGACAGUUUGGCUUUACUUACUUUCAUUGCUCCUCAGAAAAUAAUGUACUUGCUAAGGAGAAUCAAAUGGAUCUUUUUUGUGCCGUGUGUCUGACGCUCUGCUGAACUUGCUGUGUGUGUGUGUGUGUGUGUGUGUGUGUGUGUGUGAGGAGAGACUUGACAACGUGAGAGCAAAACAAGAAGAAAAAAAACAGGAAUAUUCAGUGAUAAUGAUAAAGACUAGUGACGAAUUCUUACAAAUCUCUUCGCUCCAUAAAAACUGAGAAGGGUAAGAAACAGUGUUGGAUUUGUGAGACCCUUCGCUCCAUAGACUGAGAAUGGUGAAGAACAGUGUUGACCUUAUUCUCUUCGCUUUUUAAACUGAGAGAGGUAAAGAACAGUAUUGACCUCGGUAGUCUUUUCGCUCCAUAAACUAAGAAUAGAAAAUAGUGAUGCAAUUGUGAGUUACUUUGACCCAUAAGCUGAUAAUAUUGGUAAAGAAGUGUUGCAUAUGUAAGUCUCUUUGCUCCAUAAACUGAUAAAAGAGUGAUACAACGUCCACUUAUAUAAUGCUCCACACUUCACAAACUGACUAUGGUGAAGAAUGAAGUUCGGUUCCUAACAUUACUCGCGCCACAUGCUGAGAAUAGUGUAGAGUAGUGCAUGCUAAUUUCUGAAAACUUUAUACGCCAAGGAAAAAAGAGAGAGAGUGGUGCUACUUUCCCAAGACUUCGCGGCAAGGAAAGAGAAAGGUAGAGAGUAGCGCUGCAGCCUCCCUAAAACUCUUCAUAAGAUUCCUCGCUCCAACUUAUACUGGUGAAGAAAAGUGAGGCGCCCAACUGACUCUUCCAGCCGUACUUUUGACCUGGAAUUUGGAGUUCUCGAGUGGCGCGUCUGUUUCUUGAGGAUCUUCUGGAAUGUGACCGUGGCGGAGAACUUUUAUAACCAUUGACAAAAACAGCAACACUCCGAGACACACUCAGACACCAGCCGACCUCCCGCCGCCUGUCCUUACUAGCUCCACGAUGCGCCAGGUGGGGCGGGGCGGCUGAGUGGUGGCCUCGCACGGCAGCCGCGGCACUUAAGGAACAUGCCGUGGCCUGACCUUGGUGCCGAGGACCCCCAGAUGCUCCUUCUGGACAUCAACACGUCCGAUCUGUGGACUGGAGCAUCGAAAGAAACUUUAAUAACCAGUGAAGACCCUCUACUGGCCGGGGGCCCCGGCAGCAAUCAGAACACAACGGGACUUACAGUCGAGGCUGUGAACAGCUCGAGUGGCGGCAGUGUUAGUGUAAGAGACGAGUCGCUGGUGGUGUGGGAGAUAGUGACGCUGCUGGCGAUCUUCGUGCUCACCGUGCUCGGCAACGUGGUGGUGCUCUUCAUGCUGCUGGUGCGCCGCAAAAAGCUCACGCGCAUGUGUUACUUUAUCCUGAGUUUGUGCAUCUCGGACCUCAUCACUGCCUUCUUCAACGUGCUGCCGCAGCUCGUUUGGGAGAUCACGUACAGGUUCCGCGGCGGCGGCUUCCUUUGCAAGGCGGUGAAGUUCGCACAAUUGCUUGGACCUUACCUUAACUCGUACCUGCUAGUGAUGACAGCCCUCGAUCGGUACCAAGUCAUCUGCUACCCGCUGUCAAACUGUGCGUGGACGCCACGCAGGUCCAAGAACAUGAUCUACCUGGCGUGGGCGCUGGCGCUGGGCUCGUGCACGCCGCAGGUGUUCGUGUUCAGCUACCAGGAGGUGGGUGACGGUACAUGGGACUGUUGGGCGUCCUUCAUCCCGCCGUGGGGCACGCGCGCGUACGUCACGUGGUACGCUCUGUCCGUGUUCAUCCUGCCACUCUUCUUCCUCGUCAUCGUCUACACAUGCAUCUGCCGCACGCUAUGGGUCAACUUCAAGCUCAAGCAGAUGGACGUACAGCGCCACCGGUGGAACGACCUGCGGCGCCCACGACUCCUGGUGAGGCUAAGGGCCCAGAGAAACCGCUCCGAUGGCGGGGAGGUGUCCACUUGCCUCCACAACCCGCGGCGGGAGAAAACAAUGCCGCUGCUAGAGGCGCCCUCCACCACGUCCACCACCAGUCACAAGGCGACGACGCCCAAGGUGAACCGUCCGUCCUGCAUGCGGCUACCGGCGGGCGCCAACCCUCGCUCCCAUUCCAUCAGGAGCAUCAGCCGCGCCAAGAUCAAGACGGUCAAGCUGACGGUCACGGUCAUCUUCUGUUACGUGAGCUGCUCGGCGCCAUUCAUCUCGGUGCAGCUGUGGCACGUGUGGGACCCCGAGGCUGCCACCUCACCCUUCUACAGCGGCGCGGCUUUCACCAUCCUCACGCUUCUUUCGUCCCUCAACAGCGUCGUCAACCCAUGGAUCUUCCUUGCCUUCAACGAGAACUUGUUACAGAUAUUGCGGAGCAUCUGCACCUGCCGCUUCAACAUGCGCUGGGGGCCCUGGGCUAACCAAACCUUCAGGAGCUCAGACAGCAACAAGAACUUCAGACUGACGGUGUUCACGACGACAGAGGCAGACCACCCGCCAGCCUCGCACAGGCCUUCCCUUUCGCCGGGUCACACUGUCACCCUGUGCGAGAGUAGUAACGGCUGCUAACUGCGUGAGGCGGCGAGGACCAGCAGUGUGCAUUGGCGAGGGCCCUGCGUUCGUGCUAUAAUGCGUAGGACAGAGAAAUUUGAGAAAAGAAAGGAGAAUGGAGAUUGCACAGCAGUUGAAAAUGUGUAGAGGAGAGCGUUCCAUCUGCAUGAGGCGGCGAAAACGGGGCCGAGAGUGGCUGUGUGCAGUGUGGGGGAUCGGCCAUCGUGUUAUUAUGCAAACGAAGCCAGAAGAAGUGAAAACUAUUGGAGAUGGAAAAGAGGAAAUAGUCAUCGUGAAAAUCCUGCUGUUUGCGUGAGGUGGCGUGGACUUGCAAAUUGUUGGGACAGGGGGUCAAUUUUCGUGCUAUUUAGGGAUGAUAGUGAAAUUGAAAAAUAAGAUAGGAGAGACUGCUCUAGUCACAACGCAAAAGCGCUACGAAAACGGAGAAAAAAAAGGAAAAAAAGGGGAGGGGUUGAGAGAAUUGUGCGAGUAUGAGUUUAGGAAGAAAAAUCGCUACGUGUGGCCCUCGUCGGCGCAGUACCACUCGCUGCUAAACUCGCUGCCUUGACUCCGGAACAAGAAGACGAACCAUCACACUAACGUUCACAUUAACAUUCAGCCGAGACGAUGACGGCUCCUCUGGCUUCUCCACGCACCAGCCCUGGGCGUCGCGGAGCCUCCAAGCACCACGUCUUUGUUCUCGAGGGGGACGAGAGAGCCGGCGAGGUGCUGGGAGGCGGCCUGCGGGGCUGUGGUGGAGGCGCUGUGCAAUGCAUGGCAAUACACAGCAAUGGUUCCAACCCACACAGUUUUUACCUGGCGCUGACGGGUGUUGCUCAGGACGGUGUGACUCUCCUUCGUGGUUCUUGUGUCUGACGAAGCUGGACUUAGUAAAAUGAAAACACACA